AUGGUAAUAAGGUUUUGCCUCGUGAAGAUGGCAGAAGCCAAAGGGGCAGUUUGUGAAGACUUAGAUAUGAUCAGUGCUUUACCCGAAGAAUUACUUUUGAAGAUACUGUUGCGUGUCCCGAUUAAAGACGCAGUAGCCACCAUGAUUUUGUCUAAACGAUGGCGUUUUAUCUGGAUGAUGUUGCCCAGACUUGAUUACAAAGAAAAAAGAUAUGGUGAUGAUUUUAUGAAUGAUUAUGAUGAGGAUGAUGAUGAUGAUGAUGACAACGAUGAUGAUGAGAGCAAUAAGAGCAUUUGGUGGUUUUUUGAGAAGUCAAUGGAACUCCAUAAAGCACAUGUAUUAACAACCUUGCUUAUCAAACUUGGUCCAGGAUGUCCUAGUGAUGCUGAUGUCCAAAAGUGGCUUAAAAAGGCUGUUGAUCGCCACGUACGUGUGCUAAGAUUCAAGCUUUGCUGGUCCACAGUUCCAACCGGAUUGCCUAAGAGCCUUUACACCUGCCAAACACUCAAGGAACUAACUCUCUCUCGCAAGAUUCUUGUGGAUUUCCCUUCCUCUUCUUGCCUCCCAUCGCUCAUAAUUCUUGAACUUUUCUACGUUGUGUAUAAAGAAGAUGAUUCUCUUGUUAGGUUAUUAUCGGGCUGCCCCGUUCUUGAAUAUUUGAUGGUCAAACGAAACAAGGAUGACAAUGUAACAAAGUUUAGUGUGAAAGUGCCUUCUCUACUGGACUUAUUGUAUUCUAAUUACAAUACUCCAGAUGACAAUGAUAUUGUAGAUACGGGGAGGUGUUUGGUUAUCGAUACUCCGGCAUUAAUAAAUUAUCACAUCGCUGAUAUGUCAGGAGACUCUUGCUCGAUCGAGAAUAUGCCUUGUCUUGAGAGUGCAUAUAUUGAUGUCGAAUCUUUCGCUGAUAUUGACAGGGUCCUAACAUCUAUUUCCGCGGUCGUGUCUCUUGAGUUGGCUAUGACCGAUGUACUGCUGGUGGGUUGUAGCAACAUCAACUUCUCUCGACUGAUAAAGUUAUCUAUAUAUCCAGAUAUGUCACAUUGGUUGGAACCACUCCUAAUUUUACUUAAAAAUGCUCCAAAACUUAAAGAUCUUUUGGUUGAUUAUGUUUAUAUCUGUACCGAGGAUCUGACACUAUCGUGGGACCAACCGAGUUCUAUUCCUCGAUGCUUGUCGUCACAACUCGAAAUAUUUGAGUAUAGACAAUAUCGAGACACGGAAGAAGAUGAAGAAUUCUUGACAUAUAUCCUAGCUAACUCUAAGUGUUUGAAGACCGUGACAGUUUCUGUGAAACCUAGCUUUGAUCUUGAAAGGAAAGAGUUGAUCAUCAAGAAGUUGAGAGAUAUUCCUAGGGUUUCAACCACAUCUCAGCUUUUAUUCAAAUAA